GCGGCGCCGAUAGCGCGGGCCGCGGCCGUACUUCAGUUGUCCGCGUGCGUGCGCGCUGUGAAAGUCUCCCGCGCGACAUGCGGUCAGUUUCGGCCACGUCUACGACCACCGGCGCGGCUGGGCACGCCCAGCAUCACGGCAUGGGUGCACGAAGACAGAAGACGGACCUCCAUGUCGCCGUCUCCGAGCCCGCCGCCGCGCGCUCAGCCAGCCCCGCGCCCAGCCUGCGCAGCCAGAGGGCUAAACAAUACAGGGCCAGUUUGCCAGUUCGCACAGCGCGGCUUUUGCAGCGCUCCCGGACGCAGACGCCGUCGGACGCUGGCAUCAGUGAUGGCAGCGCAUCGCCUGCGCCGGCGCCCGCCUCGCUGCUGCAAGACGUGGUCGACAUUAAGACACUGCUGCUGCAGCUCAAGAGGGUCUUACAGGAGCCUGGGGAGGAGCAUCAUUCGAUGAGUAGCGAAACUCUCGACCCGUUGCUGGCGGCGUGCGCGGAGAGCCCCGCGCGCGGCAACGGGCGCCGCCCCCCCGCCUCGCCGCUGCACCCCGAUGCCUGCGCAGAGAUGCGCCGACAAAUACUCUAUCUACAGAGUCAGUUAGAGGAGCGUGACCGGUUGGUGCGUGUUCUGCAACAACAAAUGCUGCGUAUGGCCGAGAGCCACGAGCCGAGGCAGGACGACACAUGCAACGUGGCCACACAGACCGACCGGUUGCGGCCGCCGAUGAGCUCGGCGUUAACGAGUUCUGACAAUUCCGGAUUAGUGAGUUGGAAUGAACAAGCUAGCGUGAGGAAGCUGCCGUCUUACAGUGAAGCACAAAAGACUAAGAGACCUGUUACCAACGGGACUGUGAACAAAUGCCAGUGCGGUGUUAGGAAAGUGAACGGACUCAGUAACGGAGACGAGAACGUCGGCGACGCGGUGCAGCUGCGCACCAGUAGCCGCGUGGGCAGCAAGUACCUGCAGGCCGUGGCGUCGUGCGACGCGGGGUCCGGGCGGCGCUACGCCAAGCGCGACUCGUCGCUGGGCGAGCGCCACGAGCGCCGCGCGCCGCCCGCCGCCUGCCGCUCGCGGUCCAUCGAGAACUUCCAGCAGCAGCCGCUGAGCGCGGCGCCGGGUGCCCCCGCGUCGCGCCUGCACACGUCGUACGGCGAGCUCCGCGCGCGCGCGCCCAGCAAGGACAGCGUGCACCGCCACAGCCCGGGGCUCACGGGGCAGUCCACCGACACCGACUGCAGCUCCGACGGCGGGUACAAGUCGCUGCCCUCCUCCAUCAACUGCAGCGCCUCGCCCAAGAAGGUCAGCGGCAUCCCGCGGAGGUCUAUCGAACAAAAAUUCCUUUCCACUAAACACGUCAAAGCGAGUGCUAUAUGAUGUGAUGUUUCCGUUUAUUCCCGUAUUGUUGUGAUAUUAUUUUGAAUCGGUUUGCUGGACAGUGUCUGGACACUUGAAGAGUUUGUGUAUCAAUAUUCAGCUUGUAUGUCAUGUACCGGUUCCGUCAGUCCAUCUGCUUCGAGUGUCUGGCCACUGUCCGCAGGUGCGACGUGUGUGACUGCGAUUGUGACGUCACUCGGGCGCUAGAGCAACGCUUGUUCGCAUUUAUUUCCUCUCAUCGUAAAGCUAAUUAAUUAAGCUACGUUUAGUUGAACGAUGCCAAAUUAUAUCGAUGUUAUAGUUUGAUCUAAUAUCCUAAAAUCCUAUUGUAAGAUUUUAGUUUGACGAGAAAUUAAAUAUUUCAUAAUCCGAUGCUUAGUGCAUUUUAUUUUAUUGUAAUCAAAACGAAUAUUGACCUCCUGUAUAAAACAGUUAGUGGACUACCUUAAACGGAAACUAAUUUUGUAGAUUUAAUUUACAAAUUUGUAUACAGGCGAUAAAGUUAUCUUAGAUUUUCUAUGGUAGACAAACUAGUAAAUAAAGCUGUCAUAUGUGAUAAGAGUGGCUGUAAGACCAUAUAUUUAAUUUAUACCUACGACAUGAUAUCUUCCCUAUUGUUAAUCACUACGUAUGGUUACUUGUGUAUCGGACGUGACAUAAUCAAAUUUUACUUAUUCAUGUUUUACGAACAUUUAUUUGCUGUGUAAAGUUAUUUAGACAAAGUAGGUAUCAAAUAGGUACAAACAUCACUAGCUUGUGAGGCAUUUUUUAAUAUCCCAGAUGUCAUUUUAAAGCAUUUGUCGAAUCAAUGUUAAUGUAAUUUAAUGUUUAAAGUUAGUAAAUCGUAAUCUUGUGCAGAGCCUAAAGUUAAUGCUAUAUUGAUACCUAGAACGAUUACCUACAUAUGUACUUCAGGAAUAUAUUUCAAUUUAUUGUGUACUUAUGGCUACUUGUAUCUAUCCAAUAUAUUGCGCUUUCCUACGUUAGUUAUGUAAGUCUAAGCCCACUAGCUUUAGUAAAGAUUAUUUAAUUUAAAAAUUGAAGUUGUUUCAAUAAAUAAUUUUAAUUUUUGUUCGUUUUUA